GUAGUCGCCGGUAAACCGACUUGUUUGGGUCUCGAAAUAAACAGUCGCGACGCCAAGCCAACGAACCGUGUUUUCAAUUUUGUGGUGUGUGGUGUGAAAUUUAAAUUGCGUAUUUUUUAAGCGCGUACUCGCUUUCUAUAUUGUUGGCUCAGAAGACUUGUUUCGUUCGUUGGUGUUUUUCUUCAUAAAAUUUGCUAAUCGAUUAAUGAUUUCUCAAUUAAUCAAGUUCUUUUAUUUAUGUAAAUAUAAAUUGUGUAUGUUGAAAGUUAAUACUUGACCAAUUUGUAUGAAUUGGAGUGCUGCUAUGUUAUGUAAAACUUAAAUAAAGAAUACAAAUCUGUUUAACAGAGAACAGAGAAAAAUCUUGUUCUCAAUGCAUUUAGUAACUUAAGUCUAUAAAAACAAACAUAACGUGUUUGCAACGAAUUCACAACAAAUUUCAUCAAAUUUUUAAAAAAUGUUGGUGCUAUGUUCAAAAAGGCGCACUCAGUUUGCAAUUUGUCUGCUGAGUGCAGUUCUUGGAUUUAUAACAACAACCUUGGCUAAACCGUUUAGUUUGCCACAAGUCAGUUUUCCAUCAUUUACAUCGAUAACACAACAAAUCAUAGAUAAAAGGAGUAUGAGGCAGAUGAAAACUUACAGUGGGAACCGAAUUAGUAACGAUUCACUGAUUAUGAUUUAUUAUCAUGAUUUGACGAUAGCUGUUGUUGAAUUAGGCCCACAGAAACUUUUGCUGAAUUGUGAACUCAUCGAAAUAUAUACCGACAAUGAUGGACAAACUCUCCUCAAAAACUUGUCCAAACUUAACCGACCGUUAGAAAUAAAUUUCCAACAAAUGCUGAAACUAAUGAGCCAAUGUGAGAAAGUUGACAAGCUUCUAUCAAGAUCAAGGAAAGGCAAAGAUGGACAACUUUCGACAACACCUCAACCGAAAAUUGCACCUCCCAUAUUUAGUGGAAUUAUCCCAGGAACCAAAUGGUGUGGCACUGGUGAUAUAGCAGAGACAUACAGUGAUCUUGGAACUGAAUCAACAAUGGAUCGAUGUUGUAGAGCGCACGAUUUGUGUCCAGUGAAAAUUCGAGCCUAUCAAACGAGAUAUGAUCUCACCAAUGAGUCUUUGUACACCAAAUCCCACUGCACCUGUGAUGAUAAGCUUUUUUCAUGUCUUAAAGAGACAAACACAACCGCAUCACAAUUGAUGGGAUCAGUUUAUUUUAAUUUAGUUCAAGUACCUUGUGUUUCUGAUGGACCAGAAGGUUAUCAGUUUCGGGCGGCCAAGAAGGGAUUCUAAGCAAAGCAAGGAAUUUCUUUGAAAAAAGGAAAAUAAAACGUGAUUUCUUAAACUUAUUAUUUUUGUUUUUAAAAAAUAUUGUUGUACAUUUUUGUUAUUAUUGACAAAAUUUUAUUAUAAGGUUGUGUUUAUUCAAAAAAAAAGAUUUUUAUUUAUGUUUUUUUUUUUUAAAU